AUGGCCGAUACGGCUCAACGAAGGAUGACGAAGUCGCCGGUGCGGCUAGCGCGAGAGGCAUUACGUAUCGGCGAAGAGGGCUUGCCGAGUUACUCGGCGGCGAAAAGUCCGAAGAAAUUCACGCAGCCGCAGUUGUUCGCCGUCUUGGUGCUGCGGCAGUUCUUCAAGACCGACUAUCGUGGCAUCGUUGCGUUGCUGGAAGAUAUAGUCGUACUUCAGCGCGCAGAACGGCUCGGCUUGAUUGGUAAGAAGCCGGACGCGGCCGUCGAUGCGACUGGUUUGGAAAGCCGUCAUGCAUCACGACAUUACGUGUCGAGAGCGGGCCAGAAGCGAUACCUGCGCAGCGAUUGGCCAAAGUUGACCGUAGUCUGCGACACGGCCAGUCACCUCAUCGCCGGCGCGAGCGUGGCACGCGGACCAAGCCAAGACUCACCCGACUUCUUUCCGGCGAUGUAUCAAGCGGGUUGCCACGUGCGUUGGUACCGUGUGUUCGCCGAUGCCGGCUACGAUGCCGAGCACAACCACGAGUUCUGCCGUGAUGUGUUGGGAAUGAAGUCAUCGAUCAUUACACUCAAUCGUCGCAACAUGGGCCGCCGCUGGCCACUCACGAAGUAUCGACGUCAGAUGAAACGCACGGCGUAUCGCCGCGACUAUGGCCAGCGUUGGCAAGUCGAAAGCGUCUUUUCGCGUUACAAACGCCUGCUCGGCGCCGCCCUUCGCGCCCGCACCGAUGCCAGCCAAGCCCGCGAAAUGCUACUGCGAGUGCUGGUCCAUAACCUGAUGCUUCUCAGGCGUGUGGGUUGUUUUCAACAGAGCAUCAUAGAUACUCAAGGACCCAGUUCCGGCAUAAGCCGUGUGGAUCGAGGCGGAAGCUGGGAUCUUUCCAGCGACGACCAAAGAUCGGCUAACCGUAUCGGCCACGGGCCGGAUGGGCGAAGCCAUCGCGUGGGUUUUCGAGUAGUUCGCGAAACUGAAGACUAA